GAGAAUCAGACGGGAUCAUCCAGCGAAGCAAUGUUGAGUUGCCAACUGUCUUGAAUAAUGCGUAUCCUUCUUGUCAUCAGCCUAUUGUUCUGCAUAUGCCAUUGUUUUCUUGCACAAGGAGUUGGAGAGUUAUGCAAGAUUCUGACCAAUCUCCUUCAUGAUGCGGAUUCCCAGCAACUCUAUGACCUACUUGACUGUGAUAAGAUGCUAUCUUCAUGCGGUACAGUGCUGAACAGAAAGUGCCCACACCCAUGGGUAGUUAUUGUUCGUGAUAAGAAAAGGAAGGCUGAAAUGUGUGUUGGAACCUUAAUAGACGAGAGGCAUAUCAUCACUGCUGCCCAUUGCUUCAGUCAAAGGUAUUUUCUCGCUGACGAUGUGCAUGUGGGUAUGGGUUCACAAAAGGCUGGACAGCUCACCUACAUAGACUUGGAGUCCUUUACGCUUCAUCCUAAAUACAGAAACACUGGUUUGGCAAGACACGAUGUCGCAGUUCUCACCUUGAAGAAGAAGGUUUGGUUUACGCCCUGUAUUCAGCCAAUAUGUAUACCCGGAACAGCAACCAAUCCUGAAAAGGGAGAACUGGUCACAAUCGUAGGAUUUGGGCGUUUCUGGAACAAACAAAGGGCAAGAUUGCAGGCAACUGUGCUACCAGUAAUAAGCCGUGAGGAGUGUGUGAACAUCUACCCGGAAGUUUCGGCACUACAGCAUUCGAUCUGCGCUGGAUUGUGGUCUAGCAUAUCUUCUUCGUCAGUUUGUCAUGGAAAUUCAGGAGCCCCAAUGAUGCUUCAACGAGAAUAUAAGUGGUUUCUGUACGCUGUCAGCACAUCACACAGGAGUUGCGAAGAAGCUGUUUCUGUGUACAUAGACAUUCCUCACUAUGCCACCUGGAUCAACAGUGUUAAAGAACAUGAACAGCUCUCUUGAAUGUUUGCACCUAUCAAUGUUAAAAUAAAUGCGUGACAAAAUGAACAUGUACCGUUUCAUGGCAAUUUGAUUUCCAUUUUGUUUAAUUUUAUUUUUUGAGAGUUCAUGUACACACAUGUGCGUAUAACUCGGUAGCUAGAAAUAAACAUAAAGUAAUGUUUCA